CCGAGGUUUAUCUUUAGAAAAUAUAUUAAAAACGAAAUUAAAAGAAUAUUUUCAAACGUGCCAAAAAAAAGUGUGAUAUUUUGAGAUGAAGGUAGUAUGAAAAGGGAGUACUUAUUGUUAACUUUGUUGCACCGCCCAAAAAAUUGUCCAAUUUCAUCCACUCCGGAUUUCUAUGUAAAAACAGCAUAGCAGCAUCCAUGUCAAGCUCCAAAAAUGGCGAAGGAGUCCAUGUAUUGGUCUUCCCCUACCCAGCCCAAGGCCACAUCCUCCCACUUCUCGACUUGACCCACCACCUCGCCGCUUCACCGUCACCGUCCUCGUCACCCCCAAAAACCUCCCGAUCCUCGAUCCGGACUCUGGUUCUCCCUUUUCCGGCCGGCCACCCCCUCCUCCCCCCCGGCGUCGAGAAUGUCAGGGACGUCGGGAACUGGGGCAACGCCCCCAUCAUGAGCUCCCUCUCCGAUCUCCGCCGCCCGAUCGUCGAUUGGUUCGCCUCCCAUCCCGACCCUCCGGCGGCGAUCAUCCACGACGUGUUCCUGGGCUGGGUCGAGGAGAUGGCCGGAGAAAUCGGAGUUCCGGGGAUCUGCUUUUACUGCCAUAGCGCGUUCUUGGGCUGCGUUUUUGAGUAUGGGUGGAGGAAUAUGGAGAAGGUCAAGUCUUUGGAGGUGUAUUUAAAAUUGGUUGAAUCAUAUGAGGAAACUGAUUGGCCUCACACAAAAACAGUAACACACCAUUUCUGUUUUCCAUUACCAAACAGAAAAUACAGAGCGAAGCUCAAGCAGCCAUCCUUACUGGUGAUCUCAAUUCGGCUGUUUUUUAAAAAAAUUUGGGGAAUUAAUAUGAAAACUGUGAAGGGUCUUCAUGAAGAGGAAGACGAUGAGGAAUUCGGUUAUAAGAAAGAUGCUUCGAACUCAAAUAGUAUAAGUAUUCCAAGAGAUGGAAAGAGUUGUGAUAAGGCUAAUGCAAUACGGUCUAAACAUUCUGUAACGGAGCAACGUAGGAGGAUUAAGAUCAAUGAGAGAUUUCAGAUAUUGAGAGAUCUGGUACCUAACACGGAUCAAAAGCGAGAUACUGCAUCAUUUCUGUUGGAGGUGAUUCAGUAUGUACAGUAUUUACAGGAGAAAGUACAAAAGUAUGAAGGACCAUAUCAAGCUUGGGGUUCUGAACCAACAAAACUAAUGCCUUGGAAUUUUGCUGGUUCCCCCCCACAGGCUGUGAAGAACAGUCCGGCAUACGCUGGGAGGUUUGACGAGAAUCAUGGCGCAGUCCCUUCAACAGCUAUGCAACCAACUAUUCAGCAGAAUCGAGUUGAAUCUUCUCCUGCCUUCAAUGCAAGAGAACGUAAGGAGAUAGCUACUAAGUUAGUUUCAGCUCCCAUUCAUCUGCCACCCUCUGAUGCCCACUCAAGUGAAUGCCCCAACAAUUUAGAUGCUCAUAGUCAAGAUGAGGAGCUGCCAGCUAUAGAGGGUGGCACGAUUAGUUUUUCAAGCGUUUACUCCAAUGGAUUGCUGAAUUCUUUGGGACAAGCAUUGCAAAGUACUGGUGUAGACCUUUCACAUGCCACCAUCUCGAUGCAGAUAAAUCUUGGAAAACGGGCAAAUAGAGGAUUAAACUCAUCAGUAAUGGUUUCUAAGGAUAGUAGUGAGAAACCCACACCCUUUGCGAACCAAGUAGUUGGAUUUUUUCAGGACACAAACACGGGCGAUGAUUUUGAUCAAGCUCAGAAAAGGCUAAGGAUUUAGGUACACCUCGCAGCCGGUUGUGCAUAUGGUUGUUGUUGUUCAUGUCCAUUGUUGUCAUGUCUUUUAACUCAUUUUGUGUUUGCUCCCCAUUAUUGUUUUUUUAUGUGGGGGAGGAGCUCAUAUGCCUUGUUUGGCAACAAUAUUUAACUUGAAAACGCCAAAGCUAAACGUUGAAUUGUUGCCAAACGGGAAGAUUGUGCUCGUGUUCAUUAAGUACAAACCUUAGUUCUCUCAAGUAUAACCGAAUCACCAACUCUUCGGGUGAAGAAAAGUGUAUUAUUCAUAAUACCGCCGUGCGUUUUGGGAUUU